AUGGCUGCGAUUAUAUUUUCUCUCGCAGGAUGGCAGGCAGUUUUACUUUGUCUGCUGUUUGCAAUAAUAUAUGUAGGAAGCUUAUAUGUUUGGUCAGAUAUAUUUUUCAGAGACCACCCUAAAACAAUCAAAAGAAGAUUUAUAAGCGUUGGUAUUAUAUCAUUAAUAGUUCCACCAGUUAUCUAUUGCUUUAGUCAAACAAAAGAUUCCAUUGAUGCACACAGUAUAUUAGAAUGGCUAGGAAUAAGAUAUACAGGAUUAAUACCAGCUAUGAUAUUACCUUUAUUAUUAACCAUGGUUUUGACAAUGUUGAAAGAAAUAGCCCAAGACUUGAAUAGUUUGGGUUGCUUUUUAUUGAUUCAUAUGUUUUUAUAUUUAGAACCAAGAUAUUGGACUAAUUGUUUCUCUAAUUUAAUGUGGAUUAGAAACCAUUUAGUUGCACCAUUUUCAGAAGAAUUCAUAUUUCGAGCCUGUAUGUUACCUUUGUUAGUGCCGGCAUUUGGUGCUGGAACAUCAGUUUUUUUAUGUCCUCUAUUCUUUGGUGUAGCUCAUUUUCACCAUAUGAUAGAAAAGGUGAUAACGGGUCAACAGCCAGUUUUUGAAGCUUUUAAAACAUCAAGUUUUCAACUAUGUUAUACUACAGUAUUUGGUGCUUAUUCUGCAUUUUUAUUUAUGAGAACUGGUCAUGUGAUAGCACCAAUUUUAGCACAUGCUUUCUGUAAUCAUAUGGGAUUUCCAGUAUUUGGUGAAGUGAUGGGUUAUCAACAACCAACAAGGAUGAAACUUAUAGUAGCAUUUAUUGUAGGCCUGAUAGGCUGGCUUUCAUUAUUAUACCCUUUAACAUCACCUUCAAUAUACGGCAAUGAUGUCUAUAGUUUAUGA